AUGCCUCCCCUCCCUACUUUCGACUGCUAUGCUACCCUCGAGGUAGCACGCACUGCAACCGAGCAAGAAAUCACUGCCGCCUACCGCCGCUUAGCUCUCAUUCACCAUCCAGAUAAGAACCCCAAUGAUGCGGAAGCUGCCACGGCAACCUUCCAAAAAAUCCAAUAUGCAUACGAGACUCUGCAUGAUCCGUCCAUUCGUUCUCGUUAUGAUCUUCACAUGACCAAUCGGAAUGCCACCACAGCCCCCGGGGCCCAAUUCCAAGCGCGACCGAAUCCUCGGCACUGGGCCGAUUCCGACGAUGAUGAAGAAUGGGUAUUCGACGAUAUAUACCCUGACAUAUUCCGUCACGUCUUUGGAAAUGGGGCUCGACGGCCAAAUUAUCCAGGAUUUUUCGACAGAGAUAAUGUCUCUAGUCGGUUUCAGCGGGAGAGGCGCGAACAGCGCCAAAAGGUCGAUGAGGUGAUUCGUAUGCGAAGAAUGGCGGAGGAAGCACGCAAAAAAGCUCGAGAAGACGAUAAAAAAUUGCAAGAAGAGAUGAAAGCCAAGCAAAAAGAGGACGAACAGACUACCGAAAAGUCCAACCAAGAGAUACGCUGGAAGAAGCUUAACGCCAUCACCAAGGAUGAGAAGGUGGAAGCUUGUCUCCACUCUGGGUUCUGCAGCAAGAUCCAGCAGUUUAAGAAGUUCAAAUGCGGCGCCUGUCAUGUGAAACGAGGCAUUAUAGCUUUCGAAUGCCCCUAUUGUUUGUCACACAUCUGUCAGCAGUGCGUGUCUGACUUUGCCAAGAAGCGCUCCUUGGCCUCGAUGCAGGAUAGCUCUAAGCCUGAGGUUGAUCCUAAAUCAACGGCUGAGCCAAAGCCAGAGACUGAAUUCGGACCCGGAGCCGAAUCAUCAACCCAAGCAAAGGGUGGGCGCCACAACGAGGGACACAGCGGCGGAUUUAAUGGUGUCAAUGGCCACAAAAAGAACAGAUACAAUAAGAAAUGA